UGAUUGAAUAUCAGAUUGCUAAUUCAUCACCUUUUACUCGUUUCGACGUUCUUCAACUUAGAGUUCUAGUUUUACAUGGAUAUAUGGUUCAAUUUGGAUCUGUAUAGCGUAGCCGACUAACAUGGCAAAUGAGUUCUUUAGAAGAGUUAUAGUGGAAUAACUUAUCUUUUCCUGUGUUUGAUAUAGUUUCAAUCUAUUAUUUCUUGCAGAUUAGGGUUUUCAGAAGUUUUUGUGGUGGAUUCAGCACUACUGAUACGGUGAAUGGACCUAAACAGGAGCUCAAUGUGGAGAUGCAAGUUUUAAUCAAUAAUGGAUUGCAAAUCAGAUAAAAUUAUGCAUGAUAAUAAUCAGAGCACUGCUGGAGAGGAUAUAUUAGCUAAGACAAGUGGUUCUGAGAUUACUAACAAAGACUUAAAAAGUUCUAAAAGAGAUUUGAGUGAUGGUGCCCAGGCACAAAUCAAGAUAGCUGGUAGCGAAGGUGAAGAGAAUCAUCCAAAGGGUACGUCUCUUGAAGAAAUUGAUGCAUCUGCGGAGGUUAACAUGGAGGCAUUCAUAACAACUGAUGAUGUUAUCCGGGCAGGAGGAUUCGGUGCUCGGGAUGAUAUCAGCAGCUUUCUUCCUGUUGCAAUUGAUUCAACUGAUUUUGAAGCUUCAAUCCGUGAUGCAAGAGAUUAUGAAGAACUAGAACCACAGGGUGAAGUAAGCCGCCCAGGCCUCGGCUGGACCGGAGCUACAAAAGGGGAGUAAACAGUUAUUAUGACAGCUAUGUCCUCAAGUUUUUGCUGUUGCCUUUCUUUGUGUUUUAGUGUUGGACAGUUUUUGGCUAGUCCUUAUGAAGUAUGAUGUUAGAUUCUGUUCUUUUUGUUUUUUGGGAUGAAUAUAAGAACUUGUUCCCCGGAUUCUCGCUGCGGUGGUCAAAGUUAAAUUUGGAAAUAAGUAUCAAUCCUUCACCUGUGUGAAAGAAGGAAAGUAAACGUGAAAAGGGAGAGCUAUUGUUUUUUGAAAAAAAAGUAUAGGAAACAUUCGGUAGAGUA